GCGCACAACAAGAAAGAAAACUGAAAGAAAGUGAGAAACAGCAGCAGAGAUGGCAACGUCGUCGUUUUUGCGUAACAGAUACUGGGUCCUCAGGCAUGGCAAAAGCAUCCCAAACGAGAAAGGCCUUAUUGUUUCUUCAUUGGAAAAUGGCACUCGUCUUGAAUAUGGGUUAGCAUCUGAAGGUGUUGAGCAAGCUCAGUUGGCUGGAAAGUUAUUCCUAAAGGAAUUGAAGGAAAACAACACACCACUUGAAAAUGUGCGUAUUUGUUACUCACCAUUUGCGAGGACAAGUCAUACAGCAGAGGUUGUUGCAUCCGUUUUGAAUCUUCCAUUUGAGGGUCCUCAAUGCAAGGUUAUAGAAGAUCUUCGAGAACGUUACUUUGGUCCUUCAUUUGAACUUCUGUCACAUGAGAAAUAUACAGAAAUAUGGGCUAUGGAUGAAAAAGAUCCAUUCACAAGGCCAGAAGGUGGAGAAAGUGUUGAUGAUGUAGCUUCUAGACUUGCAAGUGCUAUGGCAACUAUGGAAUCAGAAUACCAUGGAUGUGUGAUCUUGGUUGUCAGCCAUGGUGAUCCCUUGCAAAUCUUGCAAACCAUAAUCAAUGCAGUUUCAGAACAGAUGGAACCAAGUUGCAGUGACCUAGUGUCGAGAAUUCAAGCAGUUAGAACCCCUUCUAUUUUAUCACAGCAUCGAAAGUUUGCACUGCUGACUGGAGAACUGAGGGCAGUUCUAUAAUCCGCUGCUGCCCCUUUGUCGUAAAAACUUGGCGUGCAUUUCAUGACUGGAGACAUUGAUAUGAUCUAUCUUUUAUUACAUAAGAUAGCUAUGUUUAUCAUGUUUCAAUUAUGCUCAGUCAUUCCAGCUAUGGUUACUUUGAAGAAUUGUUUUAAAGCGAGAGAGAUUCAUUGAUCACAAGUGGUCAAAUAACUUUGAUUUAUUGAAAGGCGAAAUGCUUCAUAGCUACGCUUUAUUUAUCAUGUGUGUUUGCUCGUAAAUUUUUCAUGCAAGAGCCAUGAAUUGCGAGCUCCUGAUGAGGAUUUUUAUAUGGAAGGCCAACAUUUACCAUUUACCAUUUUCCCUUUUUUUUUAAAAAAAAAAAAAUCUAUGAAUAGAAGAUGAGAAUGAUAGGGCUUGUUAGGUUUUUUUAAUCACUGGGUCAAGAAG